UCCCGCCAACUAAUAAGCGUCUCCGUUUCGUAUUCACCCAGCGCCCAAUAGGAUCCCUCCACGAAACAGGGAAUACUCUGGAAUCGGCGUGGUCGAGCCGGUUAUGAGUGUUUGAGAUGCAUUUACCUGGGAUGAGGUGCCCGCGCGAGCUUCAGGUAAUGUAUCUAGGCUGCGCAUUUUUGGUCAUCCUUGCCUUGCCGGGGUCGCUUGGCGUCCCAGAAGAGAAAAAGCCGGCGCCGAAAACCGAAACUCCUCAAGCUAUCGUUUAUAACAUUCCAAAACCCGUAGGAUUUGCUCACAUUGCGGAACAUUUCGACGAUGUUGAGGCAUUCAAAGAACGGUGGGUGCUGUCUGAAGCGAAAAAGGAUGGAGCAGAAGAAAGUCUAGCAAAAUAUGAUGGGAAAUGGGAAGUGGAAGCGUCUUCCAAAAGCCACUUGAGAGGAGAUCUAGGCCUUGUCCUCAAGUCCAAAGCACAUCACCAUGCAAUUGCGUCAAAGUUGAGCAAGCCAUUUACCUUCGACCACAAACCCUUCGUACUUCAGUAUGAAGUGCAGUUCCAGGAAGGCCAGGAUUGUGGCGGAGCCUACUUAAAACUCCUUUCCAACUUGGACGAGAACAAAGACCUGAAGCAGUUCCAUGACAAGUCCCCAUACACCAUCAUGUUCGGACCGGACAAGUGUGGGUCUGACCAUCAGCUGCAUUUCAUCUUUCGCCAUCGCAACCCCCGGAACGGCAGCUAUGAAGAGAAGCACUGGAAGAAGUCCAAGAGUGUGUCAAAGUUUGACGAAAUCUUCAAGGACAAAAAACCACAUCUGUUCACACUAGUGCUGUCACCUGACAACAAGUUUGAGAUUCUCGUGGAUCAGCGAAGUGAGGCCAAGGGAAGCCUCCUGGAGGACUUCGAGCCACCAGUCAACCCCCCGAAGGAAGUGGAAGACCCCAACGACAAACGCCCCGAAGACUGGGACGAGCGCGAGAAGGUGCCCGACCCAAAUGCGGUCAAGCCCGACGACUGGGACGAGGAUGCACCUCGAGAGAUCCCUGACCCCGACGCCAAGAAGCCUGUCGGCUGGCUCGAUGACGAGCCGAAGCUGGUGCCAGAUGCGACGGCUGAACGGCCCAAGGAUUGGGAUGAUGACAUGGACGGUGACUGGGAGCCACCACUGGUCAACAACCCCAAGUGCGAAGCUGUGGGCUGCGGAGAGUGGAAGCCACCCAUGAUCAGCAACCCGCGCUACAAGGGAAAAUGGAGGGCACCGCUUGUUGACAACCCGAACUACAAGGGCAAGUGGAAGCCACGCAAGAUCCCCAACCCAGACUUCUUUGAAGACCAGAAUCCCUUCCGCAUGACUGCCAUUGCAGCUGUGGGCCUCGAGCUUUGGUCCAUGUCCGAUGGAAUCCUUUUUGACAACAUCAUCAUCACCGAUGACACUGUGGUGGCCGACCAGUGGGCUGCUGACACUUGGGUCCUUAAAAAGGAAGCUGGGGACCUUGAAACGGACGGCAUGUUCAUGCGGCUCGUCAAGUACACCAACAAGUACCCGUGGCUCUGGGCUGUCUACGUGAUAGUCUUGGGACUGCCCUUAGUUCUCAUCAUCACCUUCUGCUGUUCCAGCUCACAGGACAAGAAAGUGUCUGCAGCUGCCGCGCAGCACAAGAAAAGCGACGAUGCCCCCGUGGCCGAGGAAAUGGCGGAGCCAGUUGCAGCUGAAGAACAGGGGACUGCGCUUAUAGAGGAAGUGGAGGAAGAAGUUGAAGACGAGGAACCAGGGGCCAAGGGUGCCGACAGCGCAAAUGCGGCAUCUGGCGACAAGGAGACCACUGCUAGCAGCAACGAGGAAGGAGAUGGGGUGGAUGGCGAGGAUGGAGCUGGGGACUCGAAGCGGUCACCACGACGACGGAGGCCCCGAAGGGAGUGACGCCCUGUGUGAAACUUUUUUUGUACCCUGCCCAGCGGCAAAGGCUUGGUAGCAGCUGACUGGACUGCUUUUCUCCGUGAGGGUUGGGUGCCUGCAAAGUAGUGGCAUCAACCAGUGAGUGUUCGUAUGACUGAGACUGUGGUGUGAGUGUGUGCAUGUCUGUGUGCUUCUUGGCAACUUAAGUUAUUAUACUUAUUACUGUUCAAUAAAGGUUGCUUUAGUUGUA